CGCGCGACUUGUUUUUAUUUAUUUAUUUAUUUGUUUCUACCAGAAGGCAAACGGUGACAUUCUCGCAGCGAUGCGCAUCAGUAUUAGGUCGCACACGUAGUUUCCCUCAAGUGCAAAGAGUUACAGGGUGGAGAAUGAAGCGGCGCAAUGCGGACUGCAGCAAACUCCGUCGCCCGUUGAAACGGAACCGAAUCACCGAGGGUAUUCACAGCAGUACCUUCCUGUACCUGAAGUUCCUGGUUGUUUGGGCGCUGGUUCUGCUGGGCGAUUUCGUGCUGGAGUUCCGGUUCGAGUAUUUGUGGCCUUUCUGGCUUUUCAUCAGAAGUGUUUACGAUUCCUUUCGAUACCAGGGACUAGUGUUCUCUGUGUUUUUUGUGUGUGUCGCAUUCACCUCAGACAUCAUCUGCCUCCUGUUCAUCCCCAAGCAAUGGCUGUUCUUUGCCGCCAGCACGUAUGUCUGGGUACAGUACGUGUGGCAUACAGAGCGAGGUGUGUGUCUGCCCACUGUCUGUCUAUGGAUUCUUUUCGUCUACAUCGAAGCAGCCAUCCGAUUCAAGGAUCUGAAGCAUUUUCAUGUAGACCUUUGCCGUCCAUUUGCUGCUCACUGCAUCGGCUAUCCGGUGGUGACGCUGGGCUUUGGCUUCAAGAGUUACGUCAGCUAUAAGAUGCGUCUACGCAAACAGAAGGAGGUGCAGAAGGAAAAUGAGUUCUACAUGCAGCUUCUUCAGCAGGCCCUGCCUUUAGAGCAACAGAUGCUCCAGAGACAUGAGAGGGACACAGAGGAGGCAGCAACCUCCAAAAGCAUGUCUGAAGCAGACUCUGUGGUGGUGGCUCAGAACGGCACUGCUGUUACCAAGAAAUUGCCUGCCUCUCUGCCAGAACUGGAGUACAAGGACAAGGGCAAAGAUGGUGGGAAGGAAAAAAAACAGCAGCAGCACAGUAUAGGAAUAAACAACAACAUUCUACAGACUGUGGAUGCAAAGCUGCAGGACAUUGAGUAUAUGGAGAACCACCUAAACUCUAAGAAACUCAACAAUGAGCUCAGCGGCAGUGCAGAGAACCUGUUUCUCAAAGAGGAGGUGGGUGGAGGAGGGGUAGGCUCCGCCCCCUCCAAGCAUUACAAAAACUCCUCCCCCCAUAGCCCCAACUCCAAUGGCAGAGUUCCAUCCUCCUCAUCCAAUAGGAGUGAAAAGAAACAGAAGUGUGCAGGGAAGAACCUUGCACCUCACAGAGAUCUGAUGGAGAAUUAUAUACCUAACAACCAGCUUAGUAAGCCAGAUGCAUUAGUGCGGCUUGAGCAGGACAUAAAGAAGUUAAAGGCAGACCUGCAGGCGAGCAGACAGGUGGAGCAGGACCUGCGCAGUCAGAUCAGCUGCCUGAGCAGUGCAGAAAAGAGCAUGCGCUCUGAACUGGGGCAGCUUCGCCAAGAAAACGAGUUGCUGCAGAACAAGCUUCAUAACGCUGUGCAGGCCAAGCAGAAGGACAAGCAGACGAUUGUGCAGCUGGAGAAGCGGCUGAAGGCAGAACAGGAAGCGCGAGCAUCCGUGGAAAAGCAGCUUUCAGAAGAGAAGAAGAGGAAAAAGUUGGAGGAGGCCACAGCCGCACGUGCUGUCGCUCUAGCUGCUGCUGCCUCCAGAGGGGAGUGCACAGACUCGCUGAGGGCUCGCAUACGUGAGUUGGAGUCAGAGUGCAAGAAGCUCUCGCACGACAUGAAGCUGAAGGAGGAACUGAUCAGAGAGCUGGAGCUCAAAACGCAAGAGUUGCGCAAAUAUAAGGAAAAUGAAAAGGACACCGAGGUUCUAAUGUCAGCACUGACAGCUAUGCAGGACAAGACCCAGCACCUCGAGAACAGUCUAAGCGCUGAGACCAGAAUCAAACUGGAUCUCUUCUCAGCACUUGGAGAUGCCAAGAGACAGCUGGAGAUUGCUCAAGGUCAGAUUUUGCAGAAGGAGCAGGAGAUAAAAGAUUUGAAGCAGAAGAUCGCAGAGGUCAUGGCGGUCAUGCCCAGCAUCACUUACUCGGCCGAGACCAACAACAUGACCCCUGUCACUCCACACUACUCCUCCAAGUUCAUGGACACCGGUCCGUCCAGCUUGGACCCCAAUGCCUCCGUCUACCAGCCACUCAAGAAGUGAAUGUCCCAACAGACACACACAUCCUCCACUUUGCUCAAUAAUUUGUCUAAAAGUUCAGUAUGCAAACCAAUGGGAUGGGGUGGUAAUUUUUGUUUGUUGUACCCCCUUCUCUGUUAGUAUGACUCUUCUUUGUUAGUGAUUAAAAUAAGUGGAGUAUAAGAGGAACAAUAAGGAAAAAAAGCGAUAUCACGUUGACCAGAACUACCCUCCUUGUUUUUAAAGAAAAAUUAAUUUACUCAUCCUUGUGUUUUUCCAAACCUAACUUCUUUUCUUCUGUGGAACACAAAAGAUGCAAGGCAGACCAUCUAAAUGUUAGUGACAGAUUUGGUCACCAUUUACUUUCGUUGUAUAGAAAAAAGAUGCAAUGAAAGUGAAUGGUGACUGAGACUAACAUAAAUAGCCACUUUUUUUGCGUUCCCCUAAAGAAAGUCAUGUGGGUUUUAAACUACUUGAGGGUGAAGAAAUGCUAACAGAAUUUUUAUUUUUGGGUAAACUAUGCCUUUACUCUUAUUUUUAAAACACUUUCUUGGUUAUUGCUCUUCAGCCUGUUGUGGUUCUUUUGUUGUCCUCCACCCCUUUCGUGAGGUCUUUAUGAAAAUCUUAUACGAUUUUAUUUGUACCUCCUCAUCUUUUUGUUGAAUAUAAGCAUUUUUAUGUGCCAGAAAUGGUGGCACGUCUUCCUUUACUUCCCUUAUAUAAAAAUGCCAUCUUUAAGUUUAUUGAAUGUAAAAAGAAAAUGGAAAAAUGUAUUGCAAUGAGACAAAAGUAUUUGUGAUGGAAAAAUAUUGUGUUAAUUGCGAUUGCCGUGAUUGUUUAAGAAUGCAUUUCAGUUCAAUUAUGACCAUAGUAUUGUACAUCUCUUUUUUGGGGGGGUGGGGGGUAAAAGUGUUUAAUUACAGACAUGGAAUAUGAUUUGGAUAUAUUUUGGGGUUUGUGAAAACUAAAAUUCUCCAUUCCUCCCAAUGCUGUUUUAUAAGUUCCUACUUUGUAUUUCCAAGAUGGUGAGGACACAAAAAAAUCCACAUAUUUAAAAAGGGACUGAUCUUCACAUUGUAUUUGUUGACAGUGCAUAAAUAUUUGGAAUGUUGUCAUAUUUUGCAGUCAGUGCAAGUCCUUUUUGUUAAUGGACAAAUUUAAAAUAGAAUUUAGUUGAAACAGUUGCAAAGCUGAACAUAUGAUGUCUUGUUAACUGUUUUUUUUUUUUUUUUUUUUUUUUUUUGCGCCAGUUAUGUUACACAGUGCCUUGAAAUAUCUUAUAUGAAAUAUCUGUUUAAUAUAUUCUCUCACACACCUCCCAUGCCAUGUCCACCCACACCUGAUCCACUUGAUUGGUCAACAUACCCCAUGCGCCAUACAUACAAGCACGCUCACUCUAAUGCAUUAGUUAUCAUUGGCCCUACUAUGCCUCUAAUUUACAUUAACCUGGCAUUGUUAUUGAAGGUUUUAAUUUUGGUAAAAUGUGCCAAUUUUUCCUCGCCUCCAUCAUUUAAUAUCAUUGAGGAUAAUGCAACCUGUAUAUGUACAUUGGCAAAUGUGCUGGAAAUGUGUCACUUUUAUAGUGGCAUCAUUGCAGUGACUGGGAUAACCUGCUUCAUUACAAAGGUUUUCACUUUUUUUUUUUUUCUUCAGUGGUUUAAGUUUGUGUCAUGAUGCAAGAAGAAUAUGCUUGUUUGGUCUAGUCCUUGUUUUACAACAGGGAUUUUUAUUUGUAUUUUUUAUUUUUUCUACCUUGGGAAAGUAUUACUGUGGAUUGCAUUGGUGUUUUGAUGGUAAAAUUUGUGCAGAGUAAAGAAUAAGUUUUUUGUUUCUAA